AUGUCAAUAAAUAUAACCCGUGAAAAAUUUUACAAAAUGUUAUGGCCACAACUUAAUUAUAGCCAAAUAAAAACUUGCUGUAAAAUAUCGCACUGCUCUAUUUAUGACAUAAAAUGUUUCAAUCGUUUUAUUUGUACAAACUCAAAACAUAUAGAAGAUAGUAUAUUGAAUAAAAAAAGAGCAAACUAUUACAUAAAUGAUAAAAAUAAAAAAAUUUUCAUUAAUGUUCUACAGUUUGAUAAAUGUAAUAUUUCUGAGAAAGGUAUUAAAACAACUAAUAUCGAAAAUCUUAAUGAGCACACACAAAAUUUUACAAGAAAUUCCCUUAUAAGUAUGAUAAAUGAAAUAAAAAUUGGAGAUAUAAAUAGUGAGGAAAAAAUAUAUUCACUUUUAUCAAAAUUAUCAAAUGGAAAAUAUAGUAAAGAAAACUUUUUAAAUUUACUAAGCUUAACUGAAUUUUAUAAAACAUCCAUAAUAUAUAGUCAAAAAAAUAUAUUAUUAAAUAAAAAUAUAACAAAUAAUAUCUUAAAUAAUAUUAAUUUUAUAAUUAAAAAUAAAGAUUAUAACUAUAUGUUUAAAUGCUUUGAACUUAUGUGUAUAUAUAAAAUCAGCAAUUUAAAAAUGUUUCAAAAAAUUAUUUAUUCAAUUCUUAAAUAUAAUAAAAAAGACGAAGAAAAAAUAAUUGCUAUGAAUUAUAUAAUUACAUAUUUAUAUAACUCCAAAAUAUAUGAUAAAUUAAUAUGUAUAUUAUUAGUUAAAUAUAUAUUCUCAAAAGACAAUUAUUUUUUAAAUUUUUUAAAAAAUCAAACUAACAUAAAACAUAAUUUUUUAUCAUUUAUAAUUUAUAUAACCAAAAUAAAUGAUUAUUUUAAGGUUUCUCUUAAUUUUAAAGAAUUAAAAAUACUCAACUUUUUGGGAGUAGACAAAAUUUUAAAGAUAUAUUCUGAUUAUUUUUGUUAUGAAAUAAAAUCAAAUUUAAAUUUUAGUAAUUAUAAUAAUAAUAUUCAAGACAUAAUUAUAUUACAAAAUAUUUUUUUAAAAUGGGAAUUUUAUGAUUAUAAAUUUAAUUUACUAAUUAAAGAAUAUAUAAAUUAUUCUUUAACUUAUUUGAAUACAUCCAAUAUUCUACAUUUAAUGUCGAAUAUGUUACUAAGCUUUACAACAAAUGAUAGGAUAUUAUUUUACCCUCAAAAUAUUCCUGUGUGCAAUUUAAAAAAAAUGGAAAAAGUUAAAGCACACAAUGACAUUUCUAUACCAUAUGUUAAUCAUAAUUACAAAAAUUUCCUUUCAAACAAAUAUUUAAUUGAUUCUAUAAUUAGAGCAAUUGAUCAUAAUAUAUCAAAUAAUACUCAUGAUAUAGACAGUGUUUUAAAAUACAUAACAUUAUCAUCAUAUUCCCAUUUUAUGUUAUAUUAUAAUUGGUGGUCAAACACAAAUAUAUAUGAUAAAUUAAAAUCAAAAAAUAAAAGAAAAAAUAAAAAAAAUAACAUCAAAGCUCUCAUUCAAUCAAAACUACCAUUUAAAAAUCAUUUUAUCGAAAAAAUUUCUUAUCUUUUAAAUACUGUUCUUAUUAAAUAUAACUCAAUUAACACAACAAAUAAUAUAAAUAAUCAUUUCGAAAAUAAUUCAUCCCAAUUCAUUAAUCAUGAAAAUAAUUUUAUUUCUAAUAUGAAUAUAAAUUAUACACCCUUAAUUAUUAAUAAAUAUUUGCCAUACAUUUUUAAGGCAUUUAUAAGAGCUUCGCUAUUUGAUUACAAUUUAAUUAAAAAUGAAAAAUUUUGUUUUUUUUUUGAAAACUUAUUUACAGAAUGUGUUAAUUCGUAUAUAUCAUUAUGUGAAAACCAUAAUCCAAAUAUUAUUGAUAAUAUAAAGAUUGAAGAAAAAUAUUUGUGGGAAUUACACCCUAAUAAUGACAAUUUUCCUGGGUCUUAUUCACCAAUUAAUAAUAAUAAUUUUAAAAUACAAGAACAAAACAAACUAGAACAAGAAAUGAAUAAAAAAAGCUUAUACGAAAUAAGUUCGAUAUGUGAAUGUUUUUUUCUCCUUAAACAUUUUCAACAAAAAAAUAAAAAUAUAAAUGAAAAUAAAACAAUGAUAAUUAAUACACAAAUUAAUAUACCAAAUGAUAUUUUUGAAAAUAAUUUGUACAUUUUUUUAGAUCGAAUUAACAGAAUUAUGUUCAACAGAAAAUUAAAUAAUUCCGAUUUUAACAGGCAUUAUAUUCAUAAUAUAUUAUUUGAAAAUUAUUUAAAUCAUGAAAAUUAUUUUUUUAACUAUUAUUUAUUAUUGAGAAUAAUAUUCCCUUUAGUAUUUAGCAACACUCUUGAAGGAUGUCUAAAUAUUACGAAGCAAGUUAUUGCACACAUUAUAUCAUCACCAUUUGUUAAAAAACUAUUACAAUUAUCAGCUACUGUUAUAUCACAUUCUUCGAAAUAUACUAAUAAUAUUAACAAUAUCGAUUUUAAACUUAGUAAUGAUGUAAUUUUUAAAAGAUGGUACAAAUGGGAAAAUAAUAUCAUAACAAUAAAUAAUAAAAGGAAAAUAAGAAAAAAAAUAAAAGAAAAAAUGCAUAUACUUGAUUUUAUACAGGCAGGUGAAUUUAUAAGACCAUCAUAUAUGUAUAUCUUAUGUUUGUAUAAAAUCUCAAAAUCCGAAUAUAUAUAUGAAUAUUUCUUAAAAGACAUUUCCAAAACUUAUACCAUACAAUUUGAAACAACAAAAGCCCAGAUGACAAAUUUUAUUCAUUCGUUAUAUGAAGAAAUAAAUAUAAGUACUUUUGAUUAUAUCACUAAAAAUUCAUCUAAUUUAAAUAAGCAUAUACUAAAGAACAACGAAAAUAAAACGUCAAUUUAA